CCUCAAAUCGCUCUGCUUUGAGAAAAACUUUCAUGGACCUGGAAGGAGUGGCUGGAAGGUUUGCCGGCAUGGUUGUGGCGUCUUUGAUCAGGGAAGAUAACUUCCCAUUAUAUGAUGUUAUGAUUCAUGAUUAUAAAGAAGAUCUCAAAAACUUCCCAGCGAAUACUCAAACGGAUGUUAUUAAUGAUUGCAUCCUGAAGUUGUGCCGGGCUCUUGUUCACUCAACAGGCAAAGAAAAUGUCAAGGAAGGAAUACAAAAGCUUGAAGACGGUUAUAGGGGCGUACUGGGUGUACUUAGCCCACUUCAAAAGAGGGAGAUGCUUUAUCUUCUCGCAGUUGCAUAUUACAGAGAUGGUGACUAUUCAAGGAGCUUAUCUUACUUGAAUCAGUGUUUGGAGGUUGCGCCACACUUCAACCAAGCUUUGACCCUGAAGAAAAAAUUCGGAUCGGUUCUCUGGUUUCUCAUUGGGGGACCUCACCAAUAUUAUCUUGAUAUGAUUCUUAGGUGUUUGCUCAUAAAGGUGGCUAGCUGUUUCACGCAAGAGUGAAUAUCAAGUUCAAGGGUGUUCAUAUGCCUAAUACACUCUAUUCUGGGGAUUGUUUGCGGUGACUUUUUUACGCCACAUUGUUUUAGGUGGUUUUGUUCUUUCUUACAAGAUGAGUUUAGACUGAAUCUUGAAUUCAUCUCUGAUCUUUCCGGAGUUUCUACUGCUUCUGACUUGUCUUUUUUACUGACAUUUAAUUUUUACACGUGCCUUGAAGUAGGUAAGCCAAACAUUUUCUUGUACUGUUAUUUAGAAUUAUGAUUAUCUACAUUCUGACGUGAUAGAAGUUCGAUAGUGGGAAGGCUUUCUUGGGAUUGGGAAAUUUUUAAGUGCAAGAAAUGCCUUGUCAAUGAUGGAGGUUUUGCUAAUCUAGGAUGCUGAAUUAUGAGACUGUAAUACAUAUUGAACUCUUCCUAAACUUGGUGCAAGUUUGUUUGUUGUAUUCUAAUUUUCUUUAUGCAUACACAGGAUUGUGAGAGAGAUAUCGCAGAGGCCGGAAUGAUGCUCCAGAUGAGGUUAAGAAUGAAAACAUCAUCAAGUUGUCCUGGGCUCUUGUUCACACAAGACAACCAGAAGAUGUCCAGCGAGGAAUAGCUUUGCUCGAUGCCUCUCUUGAGACAGGUGGACUGAGGGAACUUAAGAGAAGUCGACCGAGCCAACUUCAGAUCAGGGAUAUGCUUUAUAUUCGCUCACUUGGACAUUACAUAAAUCGUGACUUUAUGAAGAGCAUGAACGACGUGUGUCAAUGUUUGGUGGAUGCACCAGGCUUCUGGCAAGGUUGGUACCUGAGGCGAACAUUAUUAAAUCGGACCGAAACAGACGCAUUACUCGGCGCUCUCUUUUUUUAUGCUGCCAAUGCAGCUGUGCCGGCUAUUAUGAAAGCAAGAUCGCUUCGUGAGACAUGAUAUGGUGCAGACCCAUUCUGUGGCAUGUAAGAAAUGAUACAGCUCAAGCCCACUUUAUGUCUUUAUUUUUUCUGCAUGAUAAUCUCCCCUCCCCACUCUUAUCACCUAGGUCAUCGACUCAUCCAUUAAACAUUUGUGAUUAUUUUUCUUUGCCAGCUUUGAUGGAGAUUGUGUAGAAGGCCCUGUAAACUUUGUUAAUACUAUUGGAAGUAUAAUUAGAUUGUUAUAACUUAUAAUGCAGUGUUAGUUUUCCUGUCCUUGAUUAAAAA